CCGGCUGCGCGCUGGUACAGAAGUUUGCCGCUUCUUGUCUCGCUAACCUACCUCAGGAAAAAAAAAAAGAAGAAGAUGUCAGUCACGCUAAACGCUUAAUAACGCUUAAUGAUUAUGUUUUUAUGAUAACAGGCAACAUAGAAAACAAGCUAGCAGCACAGACGUGGUUGGAUGUAGGGCGGGGGUGAAUGGGGCUAAUGUCAAAGUUAGCCAGAAAUAAAUAAAAUAGUCAGUUCCUCGUACAAGACGUGGACUUUACGUGUUUGUAGGCUUCAACACCGGCGUGUUAUGUGAUAGUCUGGCGUCUCGUUUAACCGCAGAGUGAACCAUGGUGCCAUUAAAGCGAAGGAAAGUCGUCUCCCCAAAUGUCGGGAAUAAUACCGGGGCUGCCGGCGGGGGAGACGAGGCGCCAGCCAGGUUCCCUGGGGUUGUUCUAUUCCUGUUGGAAAGGAAAAUGGGAGCCAGUCGAAGAGCCUUCCUCUCUCAGCUCGCUCGCAAGAAAGGCUUUCAAGUGGAGGAGGUGUUCAGUGACGACGUCACGCAUGUCGUUUCUGAAAACAACUCUGGCGACGAGGUCAGGACGUGGCUGGACUCACGGGGCGGGGACCGAGGCCGAGCACCGGCUCACCUUCUGGACAUCGGCUGGUACACAGAGAGCAUGCGUGCGGGCCACCCUGUUCGGAUCCUGAACAGACAUAAGCUGCAGCAGAUGGAUGAAGCAGAAGUUGUGGUGUUCUCAGUACCCAGCUACGCCUGUCAGAGAAGAACCACUCUGGACAACCAUAACCCCGUCCUCACUGAUGCUUUGUCCCUCCUGGCUGAAAACGCUGAGCUCAAUGACGAGGAAGGGCGAAGUGUUGCGUUUCAACGGGCCGCCGCCGUGAUGAAGGCUCUCCCCGAACCCUUGACGGGCAUGACGCAGCUCAGAGGGCUGCCCUGUCUCGGGGAACAUUCACUGAGAGUCGUCAGAGACAUUUUGGAGAGUGGAGCGUCAAGUGAGGUCGAAUCUGUGAGGCAGUCUGAGCGGUAUAAAGCACUAAAGGUUUUGACGGGUAUUUUCGGCGUCGGAGCAAAAACAGCAGACCGGUGGAUCAGAGAGGGGAUCCACACUCUUCGCCAGUUACAGCAUUCAGGACGCGCACUCAGUCGAGCGCAACAAGCAGGUCUGGAGCACUACGACGACCUCAACCAGCCGGUCACUAAGGCGGAGGCUGACGCUAUCGGAGAGAUCGUGGAGAGAGCCGUGGUUUCUGUGUUGCCGGGGGCACGGAUUACUCUGACGGGAGGAUUCAGGAGGGGCAAGCUGACGGGUCAUGACGCUGACUUCCUGAUAACGCACCCGGAGGAAGGCAGAGAGGAUGGUCUGAUGUCUAAAGUGGUGUCCUGGCUGGAUUCACAGGGUUUCCUGUUGUACCAGAAAACUACAAGAAACUCUUACCUGGAGUCCAAGGACGGUCCUGUCCGGCCCACCUCCAACAUGGACCGCUUUGAGAGGUGUUUCUCCAUCUUUAAACUGGCCAAGGAGGAGAAGCAAGGACCAAAACCCCCAGGGACACUGACAGAAAAUGGUGUAAAAAAUCAAAAUACGGCAGAGGACGCACGCAGUCUUGGAGCCCAUAUGCAGGUAAAAGGUGAAGCCUCUCCUCCUCAGAUAGAUCAAAAUUCAGAGAAUCAGAUCCGCUCUGGCGAACAGAGACACCGUGUGUCCAGUGAAGAUGGUGGAGUGGAGGAGACAAAACCUGCUGGACACAAACCGUGGAGAGCUGUGAGAGUGGACCUGGUGGUUUCUCCCAUCAGCCAGUUUGCUUUUGCUCUACUGGGCUGGACGGGAUCCAAGUUGUUUGAGAGAGAGCUGCGGCGUUGGGCGGGGCGGGAGAAGGCCAUGUCUCUAAGCAGCCAUGCUCUGUACGCUACUAAACAGAGUAGGUAUCUUAGAGCUGCGUCGGAAGAGGAGAUAUUUGCUCAUCUUGGUCUGGAGUUCAUUCCACCGUCAGCCAGAAACGCCUGAAGAGACCCGUUGAUAAGCUGCCUCCUGGAGGGCCAAGCAAGUUCCAUGUAAGGAUAACAACUGGAGAAGGCAGAGUUAACGUAGCCUCGGCUAUCUUGAGCCUGGUUUAUACUUCUGCGUAGGAUCAACGCAGCCUGCGCAAGCGGCCUGCGCCGUUGUGAGCAGUUAUACUUAUGCACUGGUGCGUUUGCGUCACUCUGCAAUUUCACCGCCUAAAACGCUAGUUGGCCGGCGCGGUUUCUGUGCCACCGCGUGUGUACUUCAAACAGUGGCGACUGAAACUCAGCGGAUCUUGUUGGAGUUGGAGCUGACGGACGAUGAACAACUGGUACUUUUACUGAAACGACUGCAACGCAGAAAGGAGAGAAGACGUCGGAGGAGACGGUGUGUGCGACCAUUGAACCGACUGAGGCAGAAGGAGCGUGAGCUUUCUGUGCUCUGCCGGGCCACUGAGAGACACGGACAAGACAUGCCACCAAGCGGGCCGAUCGCAGUGGCUGCGGUCUGGGUCACCGUGACGUGGAGGUGCACGUCAGGCUACGGCGUAGGGUACGCGGCUGCGCCGUACCUCCAGCGUCGGUUCAACGCAGAAGUAUAAAUUGGCCUUUAAGUGGGCGUUCAGAUGGAAAAAUGGUGGGGAUGUGUUGUUUUAGGGAGCAUGAGUCCAGGAAGUGUGAGUAACAGACACAUGACUUUGUCAGACGCCAAAACGCUGCAUGCUCGUUUUACUAUGAGACACGAUUUACAAGCCUGGAAAGAGAGAUGUUUCUGUUACUCAGCCUAACGCCUAUUCAUAUAAAUGGAGUGGACAAAAUAAUACAAACCACCUGUCAGUAAAAUGCAAUACAGUUCAACAGCACCACACGCUGCAUCCUAGGAAAUGAUCAUGCAGUUGAAUCAACGCCUCUUUGAAACAGUCUCGACAAAAACUGAACAUUAAAACCUUCAUGAAAUGAGGAUUUAGUGCAGGACUGUUGGUUCAGGCUGCAUUAGUUCUAGCUGGGUGUACCUAAUAAACUGGGAACUGAGUGCAGGUACCUACACUUAGAAAUCAAAACUGAGAUCAUAAGUGCUGUGGAUUAACUUUUACCUCUGUAAUAUUGGUGCCCGUUAGAGGAAGUUUUUUUUUUUUUUUUUACUGCUGAACUCCACAAUCUGUUCUUGCCCUGAUUAUAUUUUACAAUAAAAGGUGUGUGAGUUAGGCCUGAAAGGAGAAGUCUGGUGACAGUUUAAGUUUUUCUUGUUGUCAACAAAUCCCAUGAAAAGACCACACCUGUGAACCUCAUGGUGGCGCUAGAAGAAAAGUCAGAGGAGCAGAGAAGUCAUUAGGAUUCCUCCUCCUGGCACCGUGGGUGAUUCUACCUAAUACCAUGUCAGUUCAUCCAGUAGUUGGUGAGAUAUUUCAGUCUGGACCAAAGAACAAUGACGCGGCCCAGAGUACAAAUGGUUUUUAGGCAAUUAAACACCUUAGAAUAAAAGUUAUGAUCUGUGAAAUUUGUUUUCCGUUUGCUGUAGCUCAAAUUAGCUCCAGUUCCCGAGAGACGAAAACCUGCUGGUUUCUCGUGUAUCGUUACCGAGUGAUGGGAUUAAAUCUGCUGUGUUGCAGGAGGUCAUGUUAAAAAAGAGACAUGAUAAGAAA